CAAAAAGAAAACCUUGUACAUCAGUUCAAAUUGAUGGCACUAUUGGGGCUAAGUGAUGGGCAGAAUGUGUCUUUCCCUACCAUCAAUGCAACUCUCUGGUUUUCACUGGGCCUCCCAUUCACUACGCGUGCCAGAACUUGCUUCUGCUCCCAUUCACUCCCCUCUCGCUUACUCCGUGUUUGCUUGUGUACUUUCUACUCAAACCUCCUUUCUCUUCCGUUGUGAAUCCUUCUGAGACCAACAUUCGAGAUUUCACAAUCGCCUUCAUCCCUCCCAGCAUACUAGAGGUCUGUGAAUACUUUCAGAAAGCACCUCCCUGGUCUGCGGGGUAGGUUGCCAGAGGAUUGGAAAGUUCGCAGCACCUUCGACAAUAACAGGUAGCCUCUUGAAAAUAAGGUCAAUUCCGGUAUGCUUUGGUCGGACUGUCGCCAUGGAUAUCACCUGUUCUUCUCCGUUUGUCUCUGCACCGAUUCAGGAGAUGGUCGUCGAGCCGAUCGACAUCGUACUUGAUGAGCCCACCGAUACCUGUGCGAUGGUGGAAGAGAAAGCCGAGGAGAUCAUCGAGGCCGAGAAUGAGAGCCUUGACCAACUGAUGAUAGAGUUUACCAGAGGGUUUGAUCCUGGAAGCUUUGUCGAUGAGGUCUCUAACUCACUCCCUCGUAUUCUCAAAGAUAUUUUCCCAGGUUCCUACGAGCAUCUUCUGAGCAUGCUGUUUGAAAGCGACGACAAAAUGCACGCCACCCAGAUGAAGCUAGAGGAAUGGCUUCUCGAAAGAUACCCUCAGAUUCUCAACAAGAUCGAUACCGAACGCCAGGAGACAAACAUAACCGAUGAGACGUAUUUUGGGGCUGAGAUUGAGGUCUUAAGAAAGAUGGUAGCAUUCUUACGCAAGGAAUCUGAUAAACCAGUUUUCUGGCUCAAUGCUCGGCGUGCAAGUCCUAUCAAAGCUCGUGAGCAGCUUGAAGCAUCUAUCCGGGUCAUCGAACUGUUCAAAAGCGAUGUCAUGAUUGCGAUGAAAAUGGACACGGAGGAUAGAAAAAUUUACAAUCCUCUCCCCGUCUCCACGGAACGCACCGCUCUACUGAGUAUCAAACAACUUCGGAUUGACGCAUGCAAGGCAUCACUUUCUUGGGAAGGUUAUAUGGACUCUGCUAUCGUGUUCACCUCUUUCUUCCAUGCCUACAAGGCUUAUACCUGCGUGCACAAGCCAGACAAAGCCCGUGCAUGGGGCUGGCUCCCACCACAGGGACUUGCACCUCCACGCUUGUCUGCAGAGAUAGCCCAGGUAGGCGAUUUGGUAAAAUGGGACUUUGAGCAUGAAAACGGCGCAUUCGAUCUGCUACUCAAGACGGCCCUUUGGCUAGGUAUGGCGAGAGGUCUCCCAGCUGUGCAUCUAUUCUGUGACGUCGCUCGACUUUUCACGACGCACAAGCCCUCCCCAACGGCAAACGAGCCAUAUAUCCGAUUUCUGCGCCAUCUGGCCCAAACAAGAGUCUCCAUUGCCGGAAUCAAGUCCACUCCGCCCACGCCUGUUCCAUUCAAGGGGUCCGACGAAAAUACCAACCGUGGUUACUUCGAAGACGUAUUCGAUUCAGACAAGAUCUUGGAGAAGGACCUAACCAAGACCCUUUCCUUGCUCGCCAUGAAUACCAAUGACUUCAAGCUAUCUGCCACGCCUCCAAAAUACUCGUUUCGCAAGAAGGCGAAGAUGAUCGAGCAGGCUUGUGUUGUGGAAGAGAAUCACACGGAGAAGUGGUCUCAGAAAGAUCCGGCAACACCCUGUGAAACCUCCUUCUCCAAUUCCUGAGGAACCUGAACCGGCCUCACCCCCGCAGGAGACGGAACCUGACUUUCUUGAUCAAAUCGAAUACGUCUCAGUCUGUCCUUGG